GUGCACACACACGCAUGCUUUCACACACACACAUACAGACGUGCACGUGGAAUAUUCCUGGAGGCAGGAGAGCGGGGGCCUUAGGGUUUCGGGUUUCCUUCGCCCAGCCUGAGGCGUUCCUCACAGACCUCCUGGAUAAAGUGUGUGAGCGAAUGAACGACUACAGACUUGAAGAGGACGCUGUGACCAAGGAAAAGGCGUUCAAGAGAUUCGCUCCAAAGAGAGGAGACAAAAUAUACAAAGAAUUCGAGAAAUUCUUUUUUUAUUCUGACGCGAACAGACCUUUGAAAUUCGCGUGCGAAGCCAUAAUAGAGGAGUACGAAGAUGAAAUAUUCUCACUUAUCGCCCAGGAGGCACACUACCUGGCUGACAAGCUGUGCAAUGAAAACUCAGAUCUAUGUGAAACUUCUAAUCGCACUGAACUCUAGGAACGACGGUGCUACUAGUUAAAGAGGAGUCAAGUCACAGCCCCAAGGUCAAUGUCUGUACUAGGUUUUCACAUUUCUUCAUGAGAAGAAAUUGUGUCUCUUGUUUAUACCACGUUGUCUCAUGUGUGAUAUUUUGUUGAAAAAUCUGUUGUUUGGCAUCAUGACAAACCCCAGUUCUUUUUAUAGGUGAAGCUAAGGGCAUAAAACAAAUUACCUUUGUGGAUUUUGAUACAAACAAGCUUGGUUAUAAAGCAUUUAGUUCGGUAAUAGGAAGAAAAACUGAAGCCAUGUCAUAAAUGAAAUAAGGACUUAAUGUGGGCUGUAUAUUUUAUCACACGUACAAGUAUAGUGUUCUAUUUGAUAAGAAUUUGAUUUAAUUUCUUAAAUACUUGAUUGGUCAUGAAAUUAAGGAAAUAUAUUGCCACAAAUUCUAGAUUGUGUCUUCUGGGUUAUAUAUGGCUAUCGGUGAAGAAAAUGAAUUCACUUUAUAUCAGGAAUGAAAUUUAAAUUUCUAGAAGCUUAAGUUUAAAAACUUUUUACUCUCUAAAAUGUAAUUGAAUGCAUAAAAAUACUGAAUACUUUUAUAGUGAAUAUUAACUAUGUUGGCCUUUCUUACCCAUACAUUCUGAAUUCAAAUGAUUUUGAAAGUUAAUUUGUUAUUACAUCAUGUAUUCUUAAAAGACUACACCCAUGACCAUUUUUUGUUUUGCUGCAAACUCUCCUGAUGUGUUUUUGUUUUUUAAGACUUUCAGCUAAUAUUGAAUGUGUAGAUUUACUACUAACCCAUCAUUCUUCUGUGAGUGUCUUUGUAGGUGUGGAGGGGGACGGGAAGGUGGGACCUUUGGGGAAAUUACCUUUUGACCACCCUAAUACCAGAGUGUAGUAACCACCCCGCUUCCAGACAGUUCAUUGUUUCUGUUAAAUUUACAUUCAGUGGAACUUGACUUUAAUGAUUUAAAAUGUCAGGGCAUAUUCUACACCGGUUUUACAAAAGAAAUUCUCAUUGUUGUCAGGGAAAAUUUACUGGGUAGGAUGAUAUAAAUUCAGCCCUAAAAGAGCAAAAAACUAUUUGCCACAUGUUCCACAAUUGCCUAGAAAGUGCACCAUUUAAACCAGUCAACUGACUCUUCUGGAGGAAACAAUUCUUAAAUUUAGGGAAAUUUACCAUUUCCAUUUUUCUCUCUCUCCACCCCAACUUAGAUGCUUAUGUGAAUGUCUCUUAUUUAUUUGGGAAAACGAAGAGAUGUGUGCUGUUUGGGUUUGUCUGGAGCUUGUGAGGUCCUAGAGUGCCUACACAUUAUAACCCAAUGAACCUACACAGCAGCUGGUAGAAAGUAGAAAUCGGGGUUAAGAGUAAUUAGGACCAUUUUUCAGGAGGGUAGUUAAAAUUGUCAUUUCAAACAUAGUUCCUAUCUCUUUAUGUAAACGUAUCUAUUUAAGAUUAAUUUAACAUUUCAAAUAGUAAGUCAUAAACAUUUUUCUCACUUGGGCUUUCUUUGGUAAAUGCACAAAAAAUAAACAUUAUUUCUUCUCGCGGAACAUGGCAGAGGCCUGGCACAAAGUAACCACGAAAAAUGUAACAUUUAUAAUAGUAAAAGUGUUACCACAGUCCUUUUCAUACUCACAUUGGCAACUGUUACAAAUCCUCCAAUAUAGACAGUACUGAUGCUAAUAUAUUAUAGAAUUUAAGAGAAUCUGGGCUCCUGUUUAUAACCUAAGAGAACAUGGAGGGGUGAGGGGUGUACCUCCUUUUCCACUGAUGGAUGUUUCUAAUGCAUGUUGAUGCUUCUGUUUUGACUGGAAGAACAGUGCAUCUUGCCUCUGAUUGUGAAUAUCUAAGGUUUUGCUAACUAUGACUUUUUUCAGUUUUUUAUUUCCCAGUAAAAAAUAGUCUUGUCUCUUACAAGAUGUGUGUGAUAUCUCAGGACUUAUAUGUUUUUUCCUUCCCAGAAUUUUUUACCAAACCAAACUUAUUAAAUUCAUGUAAAUAUUUAUAGUUUCCUAAGUUACGGAUUGAAACUACAUUUGAGUGAUAGAAACCCCCGUAUUUCUUAUGGCUGCUAAGAUUCAUAAGUUUCCCUCUGGGUCACGGUAAGGUUGAGCUGCUUUUGCUAAUAAACAGUAAUUAGACGGAGUAACUGUUCGCUUUAGAGCGUCCCUCUCAACCACAUUCCUGCCUUUUUAAUGACAUUUAUUGACCAAAACCAAAACAAAGGCAGAAAGCCAGGGGAAACAAAACAAACAACACACCUAGGAUGUGACAGAAAAGUUUCUCAGAGUCAAAGAAAAGCAACCUAAUUCCAGGUCAAAACAAUUCCUGGAGGAAAUUCCUGGGGGGGGGGGUUGCUUAUUAAAAUAAUGAGGAGACAAGACAUGUUUGAGGCCAUGGCUUCGAAUUGUACUUUUAUGAGAUGGUUUCUUUGGGUCUCCAUGGAAGACUUCUGUGAACCUGUUCUCAUAAAGAAAAGACCAAAUUGGCUGAGAUGAACAGUUUAUAUUUGUUAUGUGGAUUACUAUUUGCUAAGAAUAAGCCACGAGCAACAAAUCCAUUUCGCUGAGGAGUGUAGAGUGGAAUGAGCCAAGGUCCCAAACGGGAGACAUCAAUACUUUAUUUCCUAAGACAAGCCCUGAAAACAUAGAGCCAAUAGCUGGUUAUAUAUUUUUUUAUACCUCUUUCUCUGCUUAGGUUGAUAUUUAUUCAUGUAUGGGAUAGCUUGAUCGAAAUAAAAAUUUUUAAUUAUGUAUCAGUCUUAAAAUUCAGAAGGUAAUGGAAUAUGAGAAGAAGCUAUUCUUUGCAGUGAUUUUUGUGGCCUGUUUCAGAACUGGACACAAAUCGGUGAGCUUGUCUUAAAUCUGACGCCCACUCAGUGACAUAUGGCACAGCCUCAUGCCAAAAUGCAACUAAUAAUACUAAAUCGUCACAACAGAAAGAUGCCUGUUAGAUACAAGGGUGUUUUUGUUAUGAUUGUCGACCUAUAAUGUAAUGUCCCUUUAUAAGUUUCUUAAAUUCCUCAGAUAAUUUGUUUUUAGAGCGAGGAACUAAAUAGACGGAAGAUCAAAUACAAUACAUGAAAGAUGAAAGCUGUAAAAACUCAUGGCCCUUAAACCGCCUAGGAAAAGAUGUCAUAAAUGACACUGUCCUUUGGGGGGACUCUCCUUGCCCUAACUGUGUAUUUGCUGGAGGGAGGUCUGCUCUUUUUGUCCAAGGAGAAGGUGACUAAAUUUAAUAUAUUAGCUCACGUGUCUGUCAGGGCAUCCCGUGAAGAGUCAGGCUUUGCCUCCUAAGGGCAGUUUGGGGAGGUGGGGUCCAAACAUCCGAUACAGCUGUCUGCCCUUCCAAAUCCUCAGGACUUAAGGGAUGGUGUGUAGGUAGGAACGCAGACACAGAGACACACACAUGCACAGAUACAAAGUGGGGUCUCGGGGACGUCAGCCAGAGCUGUGAGCACUACCAGGUGGAGAGCUCAGAGAAAAGGGGUCUAAAAAUGUCCUUAGUUCCUCAAAGAAAAAAAAAACACGUUAUUUCUAUGUUCCUCCUCUUGAUUUUCAAGAAAGAAAGAAAAAAUACUCUCAGUUACAGCACAGUUAGAAAAUCUUCGACCUCCCAACAGACGAUAUUUGCAAAGCACAUUCAGCCUGGUAAGAAGUUACUGGAAAACAAAAACACCAUGGGUUUCACUGGAAAUACAGUAGUAUCUCAUUCUAAUGUGGCUAUUAUGGAACACAGACGUUAAGAAGCCAUUUGUGGGGUCAAAAGCGUGUUCCCCCCAAAACAGAGUAGCACCAAGUAAAAGCCCAAAGCGAUGAGGUAAACCAUUAAAUAGAACGCAGGGAGUCCGUCCCGCCAACUGCGCAGCGUGGGGCAAGUUCCUGACCUGCAGGCCUGGUGGGUUUACGAGACGACUCCGAGGCGUGCAUGCCUUCCCCUGGGGCUGCUAAAGAGUCUACCGACUCCCAUCUCCUCUCGGGAGUGGUAACAAACCAGUAUCUAAGGAGCACAAGGUACAAAGCGGAACACCGGACGCCCAGUGGCAGCUAAUGAAACCAGGCGGAUACUCGGGAAGAUCCUGGAAGUGCUACAUGCAGAUAUUAAUACCAAUUUCCAACUUUAU